AUGGAUGUGUGUGUCCAACUUCGCAAAAUCAGCGUGGGUGGCCAACCCAUGGAGCACCUCAACUAUCACUGCCCGGUGCCCGUCAGCGAAGUACCGAAUGUCAAUAUCGUGAAGACAUUGGGGCCCCAAGGCUUCUUGAGGGCGUCUCAUGCAAUUUCAAGGCGGAAACCAUUCCCAAACGACAUAGGCUCGAACAGUGGUAAUGAAGAUGAAGAGUCUCAAGAAGUGUUUUAUAGCCACGAUCGACGGGAACCAGUAACGCCGGGCUCGAUAGUUCCUCUGGAUAUCACUCUUUGGCCAAUGGGAAUGGUAUUUGGACCCAACGAAGGCAUCCUGCUGAGGGUGUCUGGCCAUGACAUGAAUUAUCCUGAGCUCGAGGUGGUACGGCUAAGAGAAACUGAUGACGAAAACGUGGGUGUGCAUACUAUCUGGGCAGGGGGAAGUUAUGACUCUCACCUGGUGAUCCCGAUCAUUUCGAAGGUGUGA